GAGCAAGGUCUCGUCCAAUCGUUUCCCUCAGCUGCCCGGCGCGUCCCUACCGCUAAGCCUAUGGCGCGCUAGAAAGCGUGCUGUAACUCCGCCCUCCCCCGUUGUUAUGCGCCUAUUCGGGUUGCGGGGUGCGCAGUCCUCGGCCGUUUCCUGCCCUGGUGCAUGGUGGUCGGACGGAGGAAUUGUUGGAAAAUUGUGCCGGAGGGAAAAAUAUGCUUUUAGCCCAAAUCAAUCGGGAUUCCCAAGCAAUGGCCGAGUUUCCUGGAGGAGGUGGGGAAGCCCAGCACGUCACUCUGUGUCUUACAGAAGCCGUGGCAGAUGGCGAGAGUAUGGACACGAUGGAGGGUAUGAGCCUGCAGGCAGUCACCCUGGCCGAUGGUUCCACUGCCUACAUUCAGCACAACACUAAGGAUGGGAAAUUAAUGGAAGGGCAAGUCAUUCAGCUGGAAGAUGGUUCGGCUGCCUACGUCCAGCACGUCCCUAAAGGCGAUGACCUGAGCCUGGAGGACGGGCAGGCGGUUCAGUUGGAAGAUGGCACCACGGCCUACAUCCAUCACUCUUCCAAAGACUCGUACGAUCAGAGUUCGGUGCAAGCAGUGCAGCUGGAAGAUGGCACGACGGCUUAUAUUCACCACGCGGUGCAGGUCCCGCAGUCCGAUACCAUCCUGGCAAUCCAAGCCGACGGCACCGUCGCGGGGCUACACACGGGGGAGGCUUCCAUCGACCCCGACACAAUCAGCGCCUUGGAACAGUAUGCCGCAAAGGUGUCGAUUGAAGGAGGGGAAGGAGCCGGUAGCAAUGCACUUAUAAAUGAAUCUGAAUCAGAAAAGAAGAUGCAGAUUGUAUUAAGCCACGGCUCCCGCAUUCCCGCCAAACCCCCACAGACGAACGAGAAGGCUUUCCGCUGUGACUACGAAGGCUGUGGGAAACUGUACACAACUGCCCAUCAUCUCAAGGUACACGAGAGGUCACACACAGGGGAUCGUCCGUACCAGUGCGACCAUGGCGGCUGCAGGAAGGCGUUCGCUACAGCUCCUGCGAGCCCUCGGAAGGACAAGGCUAAAGCUAGUGGUCCUUCCGAGGGAGAGGAUCACCUGCCGCCCGAGGAGACCUCAGUACCGCCAGAGGUACCUGAGGAGGGCCGCCCCCAAAACCCUGGCCAACGAGGCCGUGUGAGGAGGCACCGGAUCGUGUCCGGAGUGCAGGGGAUCCAGAAGACAGCGGACGGUUAUGGGUUAAAAAGCCACGUACGGACGCACACGGGGGAGAAACCGUACCGCUGCUCGGAAGAAAACUGCACCAAGUCGUUCAAGACAUCGGGAGACCUGCAGAAACACGUCCGGACUCACACAGGGGAAAGGCCGUUCAAGUGCCCGUUUGAGGGCUGUGGAAGAUCCUUUACUACAUCCAAUAUCCGUAAGGUCCACAUCCGCACACACACCGGGGAGAGACCCUACUACUGCUCGGAACCGGGCUGCGGCAGGGCCUUCGCCAGCGCCACCAAUUACAAGAACCACGUGCGGAUACACACAGGGGAGAAGCCCUACGUAUGCACGGUGCCCGGCUGCGACAAGCGCUUCACGGAGUAUUCCAGCCUGUACAAGCACCACGUGGUGCACACACACUCCAAGCCGUACAACUGCAACCACUGCGGCAAAACCUACAAGCAGAUCUCCACCCUGGCCAUGCACAAGAGGACGGCGCACAACGACACCGAACCCAUCGAGGAAGAGCAGGAGAGCUUCUUUGUACCGCAGCCGCCCGACGAAGUCAUCAAAGGAUCCCAGAUCACCUACGUAACGGGAGUGGACGGAGAGGAUGGGAUCCAAACAACGCAGUCGGGCCAGCAGCUGGCGCUCAUUGCCCAGGAUGGCACAUCCCAUGUGGCAAUAGUUGCCCAAGACUUAUCUGCAUUCCACACCUCUGCCACUGAAUCAGGCCCCCAGCACAGCCACAAUCUGGGGGGCAGUGAAUCCAGACCUGUUACAUUACUAGCCACUUCCAAUGGGAGACAGAUCGCAGUGCAAAUCGGGGAACAGCAGUCAUUGGAGGAAGCCAUCCGAAUCGCUUCGCGGAUACAACAGGGCGAAUCCCCAGGCAUAGAAGAUUAACCACUAAUGGCUCAACCAAAGCUACUAGUUACUACUAGUUAACUCCCCGCUCCAGACAACUACACACUCUUCCAGCCCCCCCCUCCGCUUGCGUGGUAUUGUGUGUAGGCCUCCAGCUGAACAAUGGGCCCCCCCGCUCUCCACUUGGUUUGGCCCAGCGCCUUAUUGACUUAUAGAGACUUUAGGUUAUUCCAAGACUUUCUACAUUGUUGUUUUAUCUGCACAACAAACCAUCUGUUGACCACGGCAAAUAUUUAGAGAAAACCCAACAUUUUUGGGGGGGGAGGGGAAAGGGGGAGGGGCUCAGCAUUGGGGGACGGAUUUGUAUAAUACAGAACUUUUUUUUUGUGUGUCAAGAUGGAACCGGAAACGGAUGUUUGUCCCGUUGGACUCGUUGUAAAUAGAGAUUUGUGUUCCCCCCCCUGUUCUGUCUCGGACUUUGGUCCCUCGUUUCUCAACCACAGGUCCCCAGUGCAUGCUGGGAGUUGUAGUCCAGUAACAACCGGGAACCCAAGGUUGGGGGUUACCCAUGGAAGUCAAUGUCAUUUUCUUACCAUAAACUGCCCUGUGUAUAUAUCAUUUCUGUAUGAAUGUAGUCCUUAGGUACAUGCUGGUUUAUCCCAUCACGGAGGGGGCAGAUACUGUUUAUAAGCAGGGGGUCAGCUGGUCUGCGGAUGCUGCCAUGUUGAUUGCCUCGUAAGGUGCAGCAAGUGAUCAGCAGAGGGCGCUGUUGGGCAGUGAAUGGCUCAAUAUGGGAAGAUACAGGGAGAAUAGGAUGAGCCCCUCCUAUAAACAGACAAUCUGCCCCCCUGGGGGGUAUUUUAGUGUGCGUUUGUCUACAGCAGACAUUAAAACUGUAAACAUUUCAGUGUACAUGGGUUGCAGGAAGGCUGCCGGGACACACGCGUGUGCUACACUCCUGACAAUUCUUCGAUUCAAGAUGGCGGCGACUUGGUUUCCUCCCUAUGGUGCUAGUACUUUAAUAACGCUGCGUUUUAGGCGUGGGCGGAGCGACAGGCGGCAGCCCCGCCCCCGAGGAAACCACAGAAGGUCCAAUUCAACGUAGAGGAUUCAUUUCCGGAAAUAAAACCCCCGAAAAGGUCAGCGUGACGGCAGCCGCGUCCGACGCCGGCGCUCGCGUGUUCAUAUACAGUGUUUUAUUUGUACAAAAAAAAUAUGCAAUAAAGACUUUGCUUUUUACCGAAGCGUCCAAUGUCCUGUCCCUGUCCUGUUUUAACCCCCUCGGACAUGUAAAUACGCCCUACAGUAAUAAAGUUCUUUAAAGUA